UAUCGCAAACACUGGCCGGUUUAGAACUAAAUGACACCGAGUCGUUUGGGAACUGAAAAGACUCGGCUCUUAUUGUUGAGCUGAGCCAAAUGAUUCUCCAAAAGAAUGAGAGCGUCACUAGCACGAACUUUUAACUUGUCUGAUUUACCCGUAAUGCUAUUGUACCGGAAACGGAAGUAGACAUUCAAAACAAACCUGCUUGCUAACAAUCCAAAGAAAAAUCACCGGAGAUUGUUGUGUCAUUCUUGUAUAUUGUAAGCCAUGGUGUCGUAGUGAAGGCUGGAGAUUAUUUUUUAUCAUGAAUCUAAGAGGACUGUUCCAGGAUUUUAAUCCCAGCAAAUUCCUCAUAUAUGCCUCCCUUUUGCUGUUCUCCAUCUUGCUGGCUCUGAAGCUGGAUGGAGUUAUCCAGUGGAGUUACUGGGCAGUGUUCACUCCCAUCUGGCUCUGGAAGCUCAUGGUUGUCAUUGGAGCCUCUGUAGGGACCGGAGUGUGGGCCAGUAACCCGCGCUACAGAGCGGAGGGUGAGACUCAUGUGGAAUUCAAAGCCAUGUUGAUAGCAGUGACCAUUCACAUUCUGCUGCUGAUGUUUGAAGUACUGGUGUGUGACAGAAUCGAGAGGGGCUCCUACUUCUGGCUGCUUGUGUUCAUGCCCCUCUUCUUCGCUUCGCCUCUCUCAGUGGCUGCUUGUGUGUGGGGGUUCCGCCAUGACCGCUCACUGGAGUUGGAGAUAAUGUGCUCGGUCAACAUUCUCCAGUUUAUUUUCAUUGCCUUGCGACUGGACAAAAUCAUCACCUGGGACUGGCUGGUGGUGUGUGUGCCACUGUGGAUCCUCAUGUCUUUCCUGUGUCUGGUCGUGCUCUACUAUAUAAUUUGGUCCAUGCUCUUCCUGCGCUCUAUGGACAUCAUUGCCGAGCAGCGUCGCACUUACGUCACCCUGGCUGUGAGCUGGAUAACCAUUGUGGUGCCACUCCUAAUCUUCGAGAUCUUGCUGGUUCAUAAACUGGAUGGACAUAACAAAUUGAGUUAUGUGUCUCUCUUUGUGCCUUUAUGGGUCUCACUGGUCACUCUCAUGGCCAGCACUUUUGGGCAGAAAGGCGGGAAUCACUGGUGGUUUGGCAUCCGCAAAGACUUCUGCCAUUUCCUUCUGGAGCUCUUCCCUCUCCUACGAGAGUAUGGCAACAUCUCCUACAACCUGCAGCAUGAUGACUCUGACAACUUCGAGGAGACACGUGCUGUCCCCGAACCUUUGAAAGUUGCCCCUAUGUUCUUCCACAAAGGAGUAGAGAUCAUGCCAUUCCCUGGGAAAUACUUUGACCCUCCCCCCAAACUGUCUAUAGACAUACCUGACUGAAUGUAACGGCAGUCUUUACAAGAACUGUACAGACGUUCCAGGAGGAGGCCAGGAACCAAUUCUUGCUUUGUUUUGUUUUUUUUUUUUGUUGUUUUUUUUUUUUUUUUGGUUUUUUUUUAUAAUUCAGGUAUACUUGAUGAUGAUAUGUCAAGGAUAAAGUGGGAAAUGUAAAGAGCUGGUAUCAGUAUUGGAGCCAUCAAUCUGAAGAUGGUGAUUCAACUGCAUAGUGUGGAAUUUUAGAUUAGCUUAUAGUGAAUUAUAAUAUUCCAUAAAGCACUUUUCUUUUGUUCUAAAUAAAAUUCUCAGGCAAUUUUAAAAUAUAAAACUGCUAAAUCCAGCUCCCCAGUCUACUUUCAGCACAGGUCUGCUGACUGAGAGACUAAAGCGUGCAUUUUUUUUUUUUUUUUUUUUUUUUUUUUUGUCUGUAUUCUUUUGGUGGCAUUUCUGUAUUCAGCAUAUUUUUUAAAGAAAUGUUUGGUGAGAUUUUAUACACUGAAUUACAUUUCCUUAAGAAUUACAAUGGACUUAUUGUGAGGUCUGGGAUUUAUACACCUACUACUGUUCCCUAACCUGUGACAAUUUGUUUAUAUAUAAUCAAGUCCUUGUUUUCCACAUUUCUGAGGUAAUUAAAGCCAGCUGUAAUGUUAAAAUGAGGCUAACCUGAGACAGAUGGACAGUAUUUCUUUUCAGCUGUAAAUCAUUCAUGCAACAGCUAUGAAAGCACUUGAUAUCUAUGACUGAUAUUGGUGCUUGCUUUCAUGUGUCUUGAGCAUAUAUACAGCACAUCUGCGAAGCAGCCCCUUUACUCAAACUUCAAUACUGACUGGUGACUUUAAAAAACAUAUCAAACCCAACAGACUACAGGACACAGAGAUGGUCUGAGCCUCGUCCUAACCAUGCUACUGUCUUUUGCCUGGACCAUCUCUGAAUCUAUUCUGUUAGGUCUACUGAACAUGAAACAUUUUUAAUGAUCAUUCUUUACUCAAGUUUUUAUCAGUAAACCAACCGAUUAAAAGAGACAUGUUUGGGUAAUGUAAAAAGCUAUGCAUGUGCAUAUUAACACUGUUGCAUGUAACUGAACAGUACACGAUUUCUGUAAGUAAUAUUCUUCUUUUGAGAGUAAGAUUUUAUUACUUUACAAUCCUUGACUUGUCUGUGUUUGUAAAAUGAUUGGGCCCUAACUGCAAAAGCAGUUUUGAUUUUAAAAUGGGUCUGAACAGCUGAACUAAUUACCUAAUAAAUCAGAGUAACACAGAA